ACUCUGCAAACCCAGGCUGGGUUUUCUCAAAUGGUGGGGAAGCAAGUGACGAUCGUUGCUGUUGACAAUAGCGAGCAUAGUGCCUACGUGCUGGAGUGGACGCUCGAACACUUCUUCAUUCCUCUAGGUGACAGAGCCUUGUUCAAGUUUGUAGCCGGUUCCUCUACCGACUUAGAUGCAGUAGUACCAAGUAGCCCAGGGCGCAAUAGGUGCUUUUCAUGCCAAACCUGUUGUUACUAUUGCCGUCGACCUUCUUCUUCUUCUUCUCUCAAACCCAGAUCUAGGUUUCUCUCAAACCCAAAUUGGCCUGAGAAGAUGAUAGGUCUAAACAAACAAAUUGAUUUGCAUCUUAAAGGACAAUAAAGCAGAGGCAAAGCAACAUUGGGAACAUCUGUGACUUGUGUCAUCAAAUCUAACUGGCAGUGAAAGUCGUUGAAAAUGGAGACCGAGGCACCUCUUGUUGACACCACCUCCACAAUUGCCUCCUCUCAAGAGAGAUGAUAUCGUUCAAUCUUUGACCUUUUAGAUGACUUCUUCGACUCAUGUUGCUUAUUCUCUCCAUUUCUCCCAACUUCAGUGUUUGGGCUUGUUAACUAGCGGAGAAUAAGGUAUGUUUUAGCUCUAAUUUGUAUUCGGUGUUUUUGAUUAACUUUUGGAUCUCUUUGUAUUGAUUUGAACGAAUUUUAGUUGAGUUAGAGCAUGUUUAUUGGAGAUAUUGCGGUGAGUUUACUGGGUUUGGUACGUCGAGUACAGUGAUUUAUUUUUGAUUUCUUAUUUGGAUUUGGAGAUGUGAGAUAAUUAUUGAAGUUACGGAGAUAUUUUAUGUGUUUCUCGUGAUUGCUUCUCAAUGUUUGGAAUGGGGACUACUAUUCACUGAUUGUAAAUUUGGGGGAAAUUGAAACCCUAGAAUUUUUCUUUUGAGUUUUGGGGCAUUACUUUACCAUAGAUGAGUUUGGAUGGCUUUGUCGCUUAUAUUUAAUAUAAUGAAAUGAUUUGU